CAUUGCUAAAAAAAAAAAAAAAAAAGCGCAGAUAGGAUAAACAUAAUGAAUGAAAUUAUUGCUGGAUGGGUUAUUUGUUAUUAGUUCGUCUCUUAUCGGGCAGAAUGGGUACUGCGCUUAAUUAGAAAAAGGGGUAAGGUUAGAUAUAUACAUCUUAAAUAAGAGAUGGUCCAUACAGCAUUUAUGUAUCCUGCUAACACAAUAUCAUCGCCAAGUAUCAUCACCCCGCAGCUGAAAAGAAGCUGAAAAGAAAGCAGUGCAUGGGCUCGAUGAAGUUGGUCCACUCCUUCACUAGGUACCUAGGUAGGUAGGUAUGUAAUUCAUGACUCAUUUCUUCUCCCAAUCGUAGGUAGGUAGGCAGGUUGGUAUACUAAUCUCAUAACUACAGGAACUCUUAAGUACUCUUAAGUAAGCACCUACCUAUACAUUAGGAUGAAGGUAUGUCUUCAAAGAGAUUUGGCUAUAGUGCACUCAACGUAAAUCUUCGUGAGAUCCGGGUCCUCACUCUCCUACCCGGCGCUUUCGAAGAGCCGCUUCGAGUCAGUUUAAGCGCCCGAAGUCUCGACUCCGCUCCCGUCUACAAAGCCCUCUCAUACGUAUGGGGCGACCCCGCCAGCGCGAGCAUCGCAGGGAAUACCGUCAACAUCGACGGAUAUGAUUUCCCGGUAACCGCGAACUUGCUCGCGGCCCUCCGCUAUCUGCGCUCUCUUCUCGGGGCGGCGGGUCCGAUCACGUUGUGGGCGGACGCGAUAUGUAUCAACCAAAAAGACAUGGACGAGCGGAGGCAGCAGGUUUCCAUGAUGCGGGACAUAUACGCGUCCGCCGAACGAGUGGUUAUAUGGCUUGGAGAAGAGGACGAGGAGAGUGACCUCGCAUUCGAUGCGAUUCCGGUGCUCGCCGCACGACGCCACUGCCGAGAUGAUGAUCAGGACGAGGAACUUUUGCGUGUGACGCGCCUGUGCAGUCUCUUCUUCAAUGGACUGACGGACCGACGUCCCUGGCUUUCGCGCGUCUGGAUUAUCCAAGAGCUGGCGAUGGCUACGCGAGAUCCACUGGUUGUAUGUGGGCACAAGUGUGUGGCGUGGUCAGUUUUUGCGAAGGCCUUAGAGUUCAUCUAUAGAAAGAUAUUCGUAGAAAUUGGCUGGAUACAUCGUAAGGAGUCGCGUGACGAUGGUCGGAGCACGUCGGAGAACGAUUCGAUCGAAGAGGGUAGCAGCCCAUUUGAAGAGGGAGAAGAAGAUGUUGAAGUUACCGCUAAGUCCAAGCUCGACGUUCUUAACGACCUCUACAAGGCGAUGAGGUCUCAGGGUGGCGAGAGCUUGCGGAAAUUGUUAUUGAUCUCGAGGACUUCUGAAGCGACAGACCCAAGAGACAGGGUCUAUGGGCUUCUUGGUCUCUUAAAACCCGACGAGAGCUCCGACAGCCCGAUCGAGGUAGAUUAUCGCAAACCAACUGCAGAGGUCUACACGGAUGCCAUGGCACAUAUUUUCGCUCAGGGAGAAGGCCCUUACUUCCUCUCGGGAAUUUGCCUGCCUGGAAUCUCAGCUGCUGCUCCUCACAUCCCCGACCUACCGUCGACCAUCCCGCAGCCUACUCUUCCGUCUUGGGUACCGGAUUUCUCUAAACAGGUCUCCGGAAAAGCGACACAGCCUAACGGAAUCUCAUUUCACCCACCAGCAGGCAUCAGCGCUUCAGGGCCCGGAGCGGGAGCCGACAAUGGAAGACGACUGAGUGACCGCAGGACGCUGCAGGUAGAAGGGCUGUUCGUAGACACGAUUAGGGACGUGGUGUUUCUCGGAUCAUCCCUUGAAUCGCUCCUUGAGCAGCUCCCUCACAUCGAGUCUCUUGCCGAAGCUGCCAAGCGACGGCCCUGUGUGCUUGAACCUUCUAUAAGGCCUUACAUAGAGCUAUAUAAGAAUAAAGAGUCCUUGUGGAGAGUACUGAUUUCAAACAAGCAGUUAAACUCGGGAUAUGACGCCGCUCCAGCAUCCUACGAGGCGAUGUACCGGAGUCUCUUGAAAAGCCUCGCCGCGGGAGAAGACGGGAAAGCCAAAAUAAGUCAUGGAGAAGAAGACGAAUACAUAAAAUGCCUACAGCCAGAUAUCAGCAAGAAGUCAUUUUUCACUACUACGAGUGGGUUCGUGGGUACUUGUGUCCCCGAUAGCCGCAAGGGAGAUAUCAUCGCUAUUCUCUUCGGAUCGCCGGUCCCAUUUAUACUACGCCAAAAAUCGGACACUAUAAAAACAGUCGAUGGAGAAAGACCGACUCAUUCUCUGAUAGGCGCAUCGUACGUGAGCGGCAUUAUGGGCGGCGAGAUGGUAGAUGAAUUAUACUGCGAGGAUAUCAUGGAUUCCACGACGUUCUUCAUUCGAUAGUAGUUGAUUUCGGAUAUAAUCGCAUCUAUUGAAAUGACAAGAGCAGACGUGCAGAACAGCACAGAAGGAUUUGUAUCGCCUGAUUACCCAGCAGUAUGGAGUGUGCCCAGCUGAUGCAACUGUGUCUCGGCUUCCGGCAUGAGACCUGGAGAAAGUCAGCACUAGUUGCGUCGCGUCGUCACAUGCCAGGUACCAACACCCAUUAAACGGAACACAUACCAAGGAAAAUUGGCAAUUUUAAGAAACAACGGGUAGGUAACAUACCUUAUUUUAAUGUAGCUGAGUGUAGUAAUUGUGUUACCACACUGAUUGUGACGUCGUUAUGGCAAUGAAGUACACCAACUUUAGUUCAACAAAGACACCGGAUUAGAAACACCCAUAGUUGAAUCGCAGCCUUAUAGCAGCCUGUUAUUAUGAGAUUACCU